AUGACGGGCCUCAUGGAAGGCACCGUUGCCUUUGUUACAGAGCCGAGAAUGAUGACCCUGGCUGAGACGAAAGAUGCAUCAUAUACGAGGCUUUUCAGGACGUCUGUGGCUAGGGUCAUUGCGGCCCAAGUCAUACAAGCUAUCGCUUUCCUACAUCGCCGAGGGGUGGUCCAUGCCGGGAACAUAAAUAAUGUUUCACUUGCCGAAAAGCAUAGACGAGCGUUUCCCCAGAGGAAUUAUACCGAAAAUACGACCAGCCAAAUGUCGAACCAUUCGUGCGCCUUGGUGGCAAGCCCCUCUCCGAAAUGGAGUUCCUACUCACGGUGUUCGCCACUAUUCCAAUGCCCCCGGUAUCCUUGGCCCCCUCCGGUGACCUAUUUUCAUGGACCCCUGUCAUUCCCCGCUGACAUCUGGACUCUCGCGUGUGCUCUCUGGGAUAUCAUUGGACAGAGGCCACCGUUUGAGGGUUUCAGUCCGUCCGACGACUGGAUGAUAAAAGCGCAACGUGGAUGCACUGACUGGGCAAGCUACCGUGCGACUAGUGGCAGGAAUGGGAUGCAGGGCAAAGAUGGUUUGCGGAAGAGACUAAGUAAGAGAGAGUCUGCGGGGGCAGAGGCAGACCGUUGGUUUAUCGCUUCGUUGAUUCCAUACAUGAUGAACCCACGGGGUGAAAGUGCAAUGGAGAGCGUGGGAGAAGCCGGGAAGAGCGCCCUGCUUGCUAUGUUCAGGGGCAUGUUGGCUUGUAGGCCGAGUGAGAGACUCGCUGCGAUGGAAAUCGUUGGGUCUGAGUGGAUGCGGAGAUGGGCUUUGAGCCGGUGCUUGGAAAUGUAG